AGUUGAAAAUGUCAAAUUUUCGGCCAUAAAAUUUUUUCGUAUUCCUGGUGCCGUAAAAUUCCCACAAAAAUUUAUAAUUUCCUUUUCUCGAAUUAAGUUUGAACAAAUUUCUGAAAUAAAGACUCUUCCAAACAACUACCUCAAUUCAAAGAUGUUCGAAGAAGCUGAUAAUUUUGCGGACAUAUUUCGUGGUGGCCUUCCCUAUUAUCUUCUCAUUACUCUACCAAUUUUGAUAAUUUGUUCCUCGAAUCCAGUCUUGGCAUCCAGUGAAUUCACCGUCCAACGGAUGUCCCAAUUCGACGUCAAUGGUGUCCCCUAUGGUUGCCGAGCAUCUGCAUUGACACUGGAAGCGAAGUCCUUAUAUUCAUGGGGAACGUCAAGGCACUGCGUAGUGACAAAGUUCCAAGAUAUGACAAUAGAUCAAUUUAGAGAGAUUCGCCAGAAAGCGGGCGGAUUGGUUAUCUUAUUGCCAAAUAAUAUUGCAUCGCUAUCAAAUGAGGAUAAAGAGCAUUUAAUUCUACUUGAACAAGCAAUGUUGGCUCAAGUUUCGUCAAUUCCUGUUUAUUUCUCAACCUACAACGAAGAUCUAGACCAGGUUAUAUCGGAUAUUACAAUAGCCAGUGAUGCAUCGAAAGCAGCUUCAAGUGGCAAAGUGGAGCGAUCAUCAGCACUUUCAGAACUUCUCAAUAUGAUAUCAGCCAAUGGCUAUCAAAUUGUAGUGUCUGGUGCUAGUCAUGCAGCAAAUAAGCAAAGUAAAAUUCCAAUAAUUCAAGGAGAACUUGCACCAACAAAGAAUAUUAAAUCGGCUGAAAUUGAAGUCAAUACUAAAUUGCCAUUAAUUAUUGUAACAUCGCACCUCAACACAUUUGGACUUUAUAAUGACUACCCUCUUAAUGCUGACACUGCAGUGUUACUUACUCUUGCUGAUUUGUUUAGUAAGCUCCACAACACCAUUAAUACGGCUCCCAAAUUUCGUUUAAUGUUCUUACUCUCGGAAUCGGGAGCAUUAUUGAAUUUUCAAGGUGUCAAAAAAUGGCUUGAUGAAAAUGUUCAAUUACAGAAUGUUGACUUUGUUCUUUGUUUGGACACAAUUACCCAAGCCUUAAAUACAGAAAGUGGAUCAAUGUACAUGCAUGUUUCGAAACCACCAAAAGAAGGAACCGCCAUGAACAACUUCUACAAACUUCUUAAAUCUGUUGGACAACAGUACAAUAAUAUAACAAUUGAUGGUGUACAUAAGAAAAUCAAUUUAGCUGAUGUGCAAUUGGCAUGGGAACAUGAGCGUUUCAGUAUGAAAAGACUACCAGCUUUCACUCUAUCUAGUCUAAAAUCACCAAAAGAACCCGUCCGAACGACCACAUUCAAAGACGAUCAAGACAAAAUCCUUUCAAGUAUUCAAGGAAAUACCAAAGUAAUUGCUGAAACUCUUGCACGUUAUAUCUACAAUGUAGAAGAGGGUGAAAUAUUCUCCGGUGCCAUAGAUAUCAACAAGAACCUCAUUAAUUCGUGGAUCAAUAUAAAAUCAUUGCAACAUAAUAACGACCUAAAAAAUGCCUUUGAAAAAUAUUUGAAAAACGUUAAAAUUGUUUACGACAAACCAGAUGUAAGAGAGCCAGACUUUAUGCUCUAUGAGGGACAAGAGGCAAAUCUAUAUGUUUACCGUGUGAAACCAGCCGUAUUUGACCUCUUUCUGACUAUCCUCAUUGCUGCGUACUUGACUUCUGUAUACUUUUUCAUUCAGAAUUUCCCAGCACUCUAUACACUCGUCUGUAAAAUGACGAAAAACAUCGCACCAUCGACAUCCAAAGUUAAGUUAAAUUAAUUUACGUACUUAUCUUACGUGCUAAAGCAAUUUUUCUAAAUAAGUUAUAGAACAACAAACAAACAAAAUUCAAACAAAGAAUCCGAUAUCAUAAAAAGUGUAGGAUAGUGUAUUUUACCUCUAGGAUCUUUGUAAGACUCUAGAUAAAUUGUAUUUUUCGAAGUAAUGUUGUCAACAAAAAAAAAAAAAACAAAACAAAAAAUAAA